AUGCUUCCGUCUCUACUCAUUGUCCUCGGCGCUGCAGCCGCUACGACUUGGGCGCACACCUGCCCCGUCGCCGACACGUCCAUUGUGGCGCACAGUGGAACGCCCGUCGGCAAGAUAGAAGCUCACAAUGGCUUUGACAUGUACAUUUCCAAGCCUGAAGGCAAUGCCACCAAGGCUGUGUUGUACCUGACGGACGUCUUUGGCAUCCAACUGGCAGAGAACAAACUGCAUGUCCCCCCCCCAGCUCCGUGCACGACCAACCUCGCCGAUUCGUUUGCCCGUGCCGGCUUCUUGACGGUGGCCCCCGACUUGUUCAACGGCACACCCGCUCCGGGUGACAUCAAUGUGCCCGGGUUCAACACCACGGCCUUCCUCAACGACCACGGCCCUGCACAGACCGAUCCCAUUGUCGCCGCCGGCCUCGCAUACAUCCGCAGCCUGGGCAUCACACGCGUUGGCGCCACGGGCUAUUGCUUUGGCGGACGCUACGCCUUCCGUGCGGGCAGCAAUCUGACGACGACGUCGAUUCGGCCGGGGCAGGGCGCACGCGCCGUCUUUGCCGCACACCCAAGCAUGCUCGGCGACGAAGAGAUCGCGGCGAUCCAGGGCCCGGCCAGCGUCGCGGCGGCCGAGACGGACGCGUUGAUGCCGGCGGCGCGGCGCACCGAGAUUACGGCGCUGCUGCAAAAUUCGGGCCAGGAGUACAGCUUUGCGGUAUACGGCGGCACGAGCCACGGGUUCGGUGUGCGGGUGAACGUGACGGAUCCACGGCAAAAGUUUGCCAAGGAGGAGGCGUUCUUGCAGGCGGCGCGGUGGUUCUCAGUGUGGCUGUAG